AUGGGUGUCGAACUCCAAGGAAACGGCCCUGGAGAGCCGCCCAUGAAUCCUGCGCUGGCUGUUCCUCUCUUCGCUGUGGGAGGAUUUGCCGCUGUCCUAUUCCUUUGGAGAACAAUCAUUCGUAUUCGACACCGUCGUCGGUCAAAAUUGGCUGGACAGGUAGAUGAUCAGGCCCAGCUGUCGCAGACGAGUAACCUGAACGCAAGCUUGAAGAAGCAUGUGUUCUACGCUCCCGCCUGUGGCACCCGCCACAGCCGAGAGUUUAGGUUAUUCAGGCUCCACAUGGGAACGAUCCCCUUGCGGCUCGAGAUGAUCCUGCUGGUGAUCUAUCUCUUGCUGAACUUCAUUUUCGUCGUUGUGAUGGUGGAUUGGUGGAAGGACUUUUCUGAUAAGAUGUUCCAACUCAAAUAUGCUGCUGGCCACUUGGCUGUGAUGAACACGCCGGGUUUGGUGCUGAGCGCAGGGCGGAACAAUCCUUUGGUACAAAUGCUUGGACUUCCCUUUGACACGUUCAAUUUUAUGCAUCGUUGGGUUGGUCGCGUGAUCGCUGCAAAUGCGGUGGUACAUAUGAGCGCGGUAUUGGCGAACCAGGCUUACAUGCAUGGAACGAACUAUAUUCUAUACACUAUUUGGCAGAUGCCAUUUUAUGUUUAUGGCCUAGUGGCGCUUCUUGGCUUUAUUUUCAUCGUUCUGCAAUCAUCGUCGCCGGUUCGACAUGCCUUUUAUGAGCUUUUCCUUCAUCUCCACAUUGCUCUGGCCGUCAUGUCUUUCGUGGCGUUGUGGUAUCAUCUCAAGAACUUGUUGCAACAACGGGUCUUGCUGGGCACGUUGAUUCUUUGGGGACUUGACCGCGUCGGUCGACUUGGAAUUCUAAUUUGGCGCAACUGUGGUAAGCGACGGACCACCGCGACUGUGGAAGCAUUGCCGGGCUCUGUUGCGCGUGUGGAUAUUGAGGUUUCUCGAGCCUGGAAAUUCCGUCCUGGCCAGUACAUGUACUUGUACCUUCCAUGUCUAGGCCUCUGGACAUCUCAUCCUUUCACAGUCGCAUGGUCCUCAACCGGAUCCGAUUCAUUGGACUCCGCUGAGAAGCGCAGCUCAAGCGAUUCUUUCGCCUCGCUUCUGGGGGAUUCUGAGAAGACCACUAUGUCGGUUUUGAUCAAGGGUCAAGAUGGUUUUACUAAAAAGCUUCUCCGAAAGGCCGAAGACUCGCCUGAUGGAAGAAUCAAGGCUACGGCUUUGGCCGAGGGACCGUUCGGUGGCAUCCACUCCCUUGCGUCAUAUGGAACUCUGCUUUUGGUUGCAGGUGGCAUCGGCAUUACUCACCCAAUGUCUUAUUUGCACGAGGUGGUCACCAACUUCGCCUCCCGAAAGACGGCAACACGAAAGGUGCAUCUCGUAUGGAUGAUCCGCAACCUAGAUCAUCUCGCAUGGAUCCAAACAUGGAUGACCGAUAUAUUCGGCCACGACUCAUUGAAUGGCACCAACAAUCUCAAGGGAGAUACAUAUUUCCAAAUCCCAGGGCUUAGGCUCUCCAUCAGCAUCCAUGUGACUGGUCACAAGGAUGAUCCUGAAGAGUACAUUUCUGCUCUAGAUACGAUGUGGACCGAUAGUGCACCUUUCAAUGUGCCUGUCAAUAUUCACCAUGAAAAGCCCUCUUUCCGUGCUCUCCUCGAGAAUGAGAAAGCUGAGCAGGUUGGUGCGCUGGCUGUCAGUGUAUGCGGUCCAGGUGGACUUGGGGAUAGUGUCCGUGAUGCUGUUCGUCAUGUCCAGGGAGAGAAAACAGUUGAUCUGUUUGAGGAAACUUUCACGUGGUGA